CAAAGUUUUUUCUCAGCAAUUACGCCACCGAUCAUGCUGAUUUUGGGUGGAAUCGAAAGAGAAUUUAUUAAUUAAUCUCCAGUUGAAUUUUCAAAGCUGCAGAUGACUCAGAAGUUUCGUAAUUCUAAAAAAUCACUUGCCAAUUUUACCCCCACCACCGUGAAUCGUUUUAUUCAGAGAAAGUAUACUCGGCGAGAGUUUAGUUGCUGUUUGAUUGUUGAUCUGUCACUAUUGUGUCGAAUAACAAGUAGAAAAGUUAAUAGAUUCAUAACGAGGAAGACCCUCGAAUCCAAGAAAGAAUUACAAAACCUUGCUCAUAAUUUCGUGUCUGAAGUUCACUUAAAAAUGAAGGAAUAUGGCUUGAAAAACAUUUAUAAUUACGAUCAAAGUGGAUUCCAAUUAAAAAUACAUUCAGGACGAACAUUAGCAGAUGAAGGUACAAAACAAGUGGAAUGCCUUGUACAAUCCGUUUCAGCAAUGACUCACAGUUAUACCAUACAGCCAACAAUUUCCGCGGAAGGAAAAUUGCUGUCACCACUUCUUAUAAUUUUGAAAGAGUCUUCUGGACGGUUGGGACCGAUCGUAGAGCAAACCAUUUUUCAACCUUCCAAUAUCUUCAGAAGUGUAUCGAAAUCUGGCAAGGCAACAUCAGAACAUUUCAAAACAUGGCUUCAAGAAGUGUUUUUCCCAAACGUCGGUGAGAAAAGUGUCCUUUUGAUUGACUUUUGGAGUGGACAUUGUCCCAGAGUUGUCGACGGAGCUACACCGCAUAAUAAAGAGAUUGUUACAAUGAUUAUACCAAAAGGGACGACGGAAAAUAUUCAGCCCCUUGAUGUUUUCGGAUUUAAAAUUUGGAAAAAUUAUGUCAGACAUUUUUCCGACAGUGUCAUGUUACUUGAUUAUGAUUUGAAUCUACAUUUACGAAAUAAUAUAAUCAAACUGCAGUCUCUAGUACAUAAUCAAUUAUCAUCUCCGAGGUACAAAAAUUUAUUUCGAUAUGCCUGGUUCAAAAGUGGGUAUAUUGAAGAACGAUCUGAGCAUUUCGAAAACCCCAUUGAAUUUGCUUUCGGUAUGUCAUCCCAAACUCAAUGUGAAAUGAAAGGCUGUACAAAUGUAGCAAUAAUAAGAUGUUCAUGCGGUAUAAAAAGUCCUUGUGUUUCAAACAUUUUUUCGAAGAAUAUCAUUACUGUUCAAAUUAUGAUCAAUAAAUGAAUGUAGGAAUGACAAUUGA